CGCCGCUCACAUUCCCCGCGCGCUAGACGUGAACACGACCGUGAUGGCUGCUCUCCGCAUGUCCGCCCCUAUGAUGGCGAAGACCCCGGUGGUCGCCCCCAAGCGCGCGCGCGUGACCGCGCGCGCGGCGAUCGCCGCGCCCGCGUCUUCCGGCGCCGUCUCCUUCGGCGCGAGAAAGAUGGCGAUGGCGGGCGCGAAGCUCGAGUCGCGCGUCGCGCCCACCGCCGCCGGCCGCCGCUCCCUCGUUGUCAACGCGGGCGGCGUCCAGAAGGCCGCGCCCGGCGAAGCGAAGAAGGUCUUCGGUCUCACGCUCCCGAAGAACGAGUCCCUGUGCUUCCUCAUCCUCGCCGGCGGCUCCCUCGGCUCCGCGCUCGGGUUCGCGGCGCUCCAGGAGGGCGUCUUCCGCAUCCCCGGGUUUAAGUUCAGCGCGUGGAUGACGGUGCUCACGACGUUCACGUACUUCCUCUGCGGCGCGCUCGAGAUGAAGCUCACGGGCGAAACGCGCAAGGCGUCCUGGAAGAAUUACGGCAUCCUGUCCGUGUACACGUACGGCGGCAUGGCGAUGACGAACUACGCGUUGUCGUACCUCAACUACGCGACGCGCAUCGUGUUCAAAUCGGCGAAGAUCGUCCCGGUGAUGGCGUUCUCCGUGCUCAUCGUCGGGAAGAAGUACAACUGGAAGGAGUGGCUCUCCGCGGCGAUCCUCGUCGCGGGUAUCGUCCUUUUCACCCUCGGUGACGUCGCGUCCUCCCCCGCGUUCGCACCCAUCGGCGUCGCGCUCAUCGCGGGCGCGCUCUGCGUCGACGCCAUCUGCGCCAACUUUGAGGAGAAGAACUUUUUCCGAUGCGAGAACCCGUCGACGACGCAGGAGGUGCUCUGCUUCGCGUCCCUCAUCGGCACGGUGUACGGCCUCAUCCCGUUCAUCGCGUCCGGGGGCUGGCAGCCCGCGAUCGCGCACUCGCUGCAGUACACCCAGGUUGUCCCGAUGAUCAUGGGCUUCUCCGUCAUGGGCUACUCCUCCGUGUCGUUCAUCCUGUCGCUCAUCAAGUACUACGGCGCGACGGAGGCGGAGAUCAUCAAGUCCCUGCGCAAGGUGCUCUCGAUCGUGAUCUCUUUCGUGCUCUUCCCUAAGGCGCUGAACUGGAAGUACAUCGUCGGUUUCAUCGCGGUCCUCGUGUCCACCGCGUACACGUUCUACCUCAAGGGCGAGAAGAAGAAGGCGAAGGAAGCCGCCGCCGCCGCGUCCGCGUGAGCGAGGAAAGAAAUCCGCGACGAAGAACGAAAGAACGACGCGUAGUCGAAAGAAAAACGAGAAAUUGUUCACGCCCGAUGUAGGAAGACGAGACGGGCGUUAGACGCGAGAGUGUGGGAUGGGUUUCCCAGGGGUGAUCAAUGUGCGAAGGAAGAGACGCACGUAUUAACUUAAAACAUCGAAGAAUAGCGCCAUUGCCUGGCCUUCGAUUUUUAACCUGAUUUGAGCACGCG